CCCACCCUCUCGCCUCCACUUUCUGGAGCAUUCCAAGCCAGAAGUCUAUCUUCUACCUUUUGCAAAACCCUAAUUUUUCUCCUACUCCCUCAUUUAAAAUCCACAACCGUAACCCUAAUUGUUGCCACUACUCUCUUUCUCCUGUUAAAAUCCUGUAUCUUCUGCUUGUUGCUUUCAUCUCAAAACCCUAGUUUUUCUUCACCUCUCAUUUGAAUAACCUUCUUUGAAACCGUGGUUUCUGUAGAAUUUCGCCACUUUUUUUUUUUGAGCUUCUUGCCCUGAUUCAUGGCGAAGUAUGGUGAGGGAGACAAGAGAUGGAUUGUGGAGGACAGAGCUGAUGGUGCAAACGUUCAUAACUGGCAUUGGGCUGAGAAAGAUUGCCUGGAGUGGUCGAGGAACUUGCUUUCGAAGCUUUUUCAGGACCUCGUCAUCCUUGAGGGGGAGGGAAAUUUAUGGAUCAAGACGAAGAGGGUCGAGAAGGUAGAAGGGGAGGCCUAUGUGAAUAUUAGGAAGGGGAAGAUUAUUCCUGGUUAUGAGAUAAGUGUGAAGUUGGGUUGGCAAGGAGAGGCUAAGGAUUCAGAAGGAAAGAGCCUUCAAAAGGUGGAUGGGGACGUGGAAUUCCCAUACAUUGCAGAUGAGAAUGCAGACGAAGACCCAGAAGUCAAGAUCAUCGUGAAAGACGAUGGUCCCAUAGGCAAAUGCCUUAAAGAGGCCUUCAUAUCGAAAGGGAAGCCAAUUCUUCUCGAAAGAGUGAGAAAAUAUGUGGAGAGCAUGAGUGCUGGUGGGCCAGCAAAGGAUGAGUUGGAACUCAAACCAAAGGGCUCUUCAAAGCUAAAGGUCGAUAACACAGAUAGCAAUGCUCAGCCUGCGACACCAACUCCACCUCCAGCCAAGAAAAAAGUGAAAGAAGGGUUUAAGACAAUUUUUCUCACUGAAAAAUUCUUUUGCAGGCCAAGCGAUGUAUAUGAUAUCUUAAUGGAUGAGAAUAGGUGGAAGGGAUUUACUCAAAGUAAUGCGAAGAUCAGUAAGGAUGUGGGUGCGUCUUUCUCACUCUUUGAUGGGUCAAUUACGGGUGUCAUUGAGGAACUUCAAGAAGGGAAGCUGAUUGUUCAGAAAUGGAGGUUUGGUAGCUGGCCUGAGGGCAUUCACUCCACGGUGCGGCUAAUUUUUGAAGAGCCCGAGCCAGGUGUAACAAUAAUCAAACUCACACAAACUGAUGUUCCUGAAGAAGACAGAUAUGGGAAUGCAACUGUCGUGGAGAACACAGAGAGAGGCUGGAGAGAUCUCAUCUUUCAUAAGAUACGUGCCGUAUUUGGAUAUGGAAUAUGAAACUCUUUGCAACAACACUGUCCAAACUACCGCCUCAUAUAUAUCUCUCUUGCUCUUAUUGAAUCAAUCACAGCUGUCCUGUCCUCUUGGACAUUUGGUUUGGCUCGUGUACUUCCUAUCGUUUUUAACUUUUAAUUUAGUUCAUGGUUAUGGUCUCUGUAUCUCUUAUUAUCUCAACUCAGACCUGAAAUGGAAAAUUUUUCAGUUUUCCAUCUUAUUAUUUUGUUGCUCCAAAGCGUGUAUAGAUUUGACCUUGUUCUGAUUGAA